AUGCAAAACCAAAGCUUUGUAACUGAGUUCAUCCUCCUGGGGCUUUCACAGAAUCCGAAUGUUCAGAAAAUAUUAUUUGUUGUAUUUUUGUUUGUGUAUAUUGCCACCAUUGGGGGCAACACGCUAAUUGUAGUAACCAUCCUCAGCAGCCCUGCUCUACUGGGGUCCCCCAUGUACUUCUUCUUGGCUUUCCUGUCCUUCCUAGAUGCAUGCUUCUCCUCUGUCUUCACCCCAAAGAUGAUCGUAGACUUCCUCUAUGAGAGAAAAACCAUCUCGUUUGAAAGCUGCAUGAUACAGAUUUUUGCUGAACACUUCUUUAGUGGGGCAGAGUUGAUUGUCCUCACAGCCAUGGCCUAUGAUCGGUAUGUGGCCAUUUGCAAGCCUUUGCGUUACUCUUCCAUCAUGAACUGCAAGUUCUGUGGCAUUCUGAUGAGGGUAGCCUGGACAGGGGGCUUCUUGCAUUCCACGAUACAAAUACUCUUUAUAUUCGAAUUGCCCUUCUGUGGUCCCAAUGUCAUUGAUCACUUCUUGUGUGACUUGCAUCCAUUACUGGAGCUUGCCUGCACUGACACCCACAUCUUUGGCUUUUUUGCAGUGGCCAACAGUGGUUUUUUCUGCAUCAUAACCUUCUCCUUGUUGCUUGUCUCUUAUGGUAUCAUCUUGUUCUCCCUGAGAACUCAUAGUUCUGAAGGACGGAGAAAAGCUCUGUCUACCUGUGGAUCUCACAUUAUUGUUGUGAUUUUGUUCUUUGUCCCAUGCAUGUUUGUAUACACACGACCUCCAUCUACUUUCUCCUCUGACAAAAUGGUAGCAAUAGUUUACGCCAUCCUAACUCCCUUGUUCAAUCCUCUGAUUUAUACUUUCAGGAAUAAGGAGGUAAAAAAUGCCAUGAGGAAAGUAUGGAAGAGAUUGGUGGUAGUUUCUGAUGGAAAAUAA